CGGAGAGAGUCUCGAGCGCAGGAGGGGCGAAGGUGGAGUGGAGGCAGUAUGAUUAGGUAUAUUGAACAAGGAAAGGGAGACGGAGCAAGGAAGCUAAAAGAAUGACAUGAGGUGGGCAAGAGCGGGUCUGGAGACUACAGGAGAAGAGAACAUCCCGUGGCAGCAGGCAGACGACGGAUGAAGAAGAGAAGAAGAAGAAGAAUGGCAGUCGAAGGCGUGCCAAAGUUCGUCGUCGACGAAAGUGCGGACACGGACAGACGAGAACAGGAGAGCGACGAGACUAAGGCCAGGCUCGACGAGCGAACGACUGGGCAGUGGGCAAUGGGCUCCAACCUCAACCUCGACCCCUCCGGUCGCUUCGUUUUUUUCGCCAUCGGCACCACCAGAUACACCGUCUUGCCCUUGGUUCCAGCGACUAUCCCAGGCUCUUCUUCAGCCGCCACCAGCAUCCUUUAA